AUGAACCUACGCUCUCCUGCUGAUCGGGAGGCGAGACCUACUACAGAGAUAACAGUUAAUCGAUCUCAGCCACUAAUAUUACGCGCCCAAACCGAAGCACUCCAAGGUACUCCCGAGCAGUCUACUUCGAGUCAUGGCAUUCGGUGGCUUGAAGGAACAGUGGACAAUGAGUUUUUGGGGCGGAAAAAGUCUAACUGUUGUUGCAUAUAUAAAAAACCUCAUCGCUGGGAUGAGUCCUCUAGUUCUUCUUCUUCAUCCAGUUCCGAUGACGACAACGAUCGUGGCGAAGACAAAAACGUGAGACACAUUCGUUCCACAGAACAUUGCCGUGGACAUACUAGGCACUGUUACCAGAAUAAAAGACGCGAAGGUGGGAAAGACGGCCAGACAGCUGUCAACACUGAUCCUUCAAUUCCCGGAUCUGCCGCUGCUGUAGCUACUGACAGCCACAAAGUGUCGGAACCGCCGGUCAAACAUACCUCGGUGGAUAAUCUCAAAUGA